AUGGCAUCCAAACCUGUGACCUUAGCGCGUUUGGGUGAUACUGUUCUUGGAUCUGUUGGGACAUGCAUUCCUCCAAAUAAGCGGAUCGAUCAUCUGGUUCGAUACUUGUCUACUUGGUCAGGUAGUGACAAGUUUUUCAUGAUUAUACAAUAUGCGUGCAAGCUGGUAGCACCAUACUUCUUACUCCGCGCGAAACUUCAAUAUAACUCUGGGCGUGCAAAAACUGCUGAAAGCUUUGCAGCAAUUGCUUUAAAUAAGCUUGGUUCAAAUAUUUCCAGUGCCAGAACAUUAUGGAACUUCUGGGGCCUACUACCGAUAAUUCAAUGGCUGAGUUCCCUCGAACGUUCUCAGCCCCAAACCAGGAAGCUUCUGAAUAUCGAACGUCUACAGGCUCUUGCUAUGCUCGCCUACUAUCCUCUUGAGCACGCAUACUACCUUGGUAGCCAAUCGAUCAUUCGCAUCUCGCCAAGCACCUCAAACAAACUCGUGCUUUGGUCGUGCCGUGUCUGGGCGGUGUAUAUUGUCCUGCAGUUCGAACACUUGCGAGAAGAUAUGAGGCUUCUGGCAAUCGAUGAACGUGCCGCGCGCGCUGCUCGGAAGAGCGGUGAAGUUACUGCGGAGGCGUCCACUAGCCGAGUAUUGACCAAGCGCAAGGCCGCACUAUGGAAUCAAGUUUUAGUGAACCUUGGGAAUUUCCCGCUGGCACUACAUUGGUCAUUGGAGAAAGGUCUGUUUGGGAAUGAGGUUUGGGUUAAUUUCUUUGGCCUCGUUGCGGCACUUGCCUCCUUUAAAGGAGGUUGGGCUGCGACAUCAUCACCUUGA